ACGGCAUACCUAAGCUUUCUAUCUUCAACAUUCAAGACUAAGAAGCAUAAUAUGGGUGCAGUUUUGAGGAGUGAAACCAGAACAACUAUGUUUCCACCACCAAUAACAAUCUUCUUCUAUAUGUGUAUUUGCCUAAUCUUUUCCCAUUUUGUUACAUAUUCAUCAUCAUCAGAAGAAAUAGAAGUAGUUGGUUAUGGUUACACCAUCUCAAAUGUGAACAAUGAAGAUCUUUUAGGAACUUCAUUGAGUGCUAACCUUAACCUCAUCAAGUCUUCCUCCAUUUAUGGGCCUGACAUCCCACACCUCAACCUUGUUGCCGGUUUAGAAACCAAGGACAGGCUAAGAGUAAGAAUCACAGACUCCAUUUACCAAAGAUGGGAAAUUCCAGAAGAAAUGAUUCCUAGAAGUUCUCAAUACUCUUCUCAUUCUCUCAAUAGCUAUGAUCUAAAUCAAGAACCAAAACUAUCUCUAACAUCACCAAACUCAGACCUCAUAUUCAGCCUCCACAACACAAUUCCAUUCGGCUUCACUAUAUCGCGCAAGUCCUCCAAUGACAUUCUCUUUGAUGCUUCACCGGACCCUUCUGACCCUUUAACUUUUCUUGUGUUCAAGGACCAAUACCUUCAGCUCUCUUCCUCACUGCCAAGGGAAAGAGCCUCCAUUUAUGGCCUUGGUGAGCACACCAAGGGCUCCUUCAAGCUGCAGCCAAACCAGACAUUAACAAUGUGGAAUAUGGACAAUGGUGCCAACCUUGACUUGAACCUUUAUGGCUUUCACCCUUUUUACUUGGACAUGAGGAAAGGCUCCAUGGAUGGGAGGGUUAAGGCUGGGGCUACACAUGGGGUCUUGCUGCUAAAUAGCAAUGGGAUGGAUGUUGUGUAUGAUGGUGACCGCAUAACUUAUAAAGUGAUUGGUGGAGUUUUUGAUCUUUACAUUUUUGCCGGAUCGUCGCCGGAGCAAGUAAUGGAGCAGUACACUGAACUCAUUGGAAGGCCUGCUCCAAUGCCUUAUUGGUCUUUUGGUUUUCAUCAAUGUAGAUAUGGCUACAAGGAUGUGAGUGAUCUUGAAAAUGUGGUUGCCAACUAUGCAAAAGCAAAUAUACCCCUUGAAGUUAUGUGGACAGAUAUUGAUUCAAUGGAUGCAUAUAAGGAUUUCACACUUGAUCCUAUAAAUUUCCCAUUGGAUAAGAUGAGAAAAUUUGUUGACACCCUUCAUCAGAAUGGCCAGAAAUAUGUUUCCAUCUUAGAUCCUGGUAUCAGUGUAAAUACUUCAUAUGCAACUUAUGUCAGAGGCUUGGAGGCUGAUAUCUAUAUAAAGAGAAAUGGAGUCAAUUACCUUGGUCAAGUUUGGCCUGGACCAGUUUACUUCCCUGAUUUCUUGAAUCCAAGAAGCCAAAAAUUCUGGGGUAAUGAAAUCAAAUUAUUUAGGGAGCUUCUCCCAUUUGAUGGCCUCUGGCUUGAUAUGAAUGAAAUAGCUAAUUUCAACACUUCUCCUCCUAAUCCAUCUUCCAAUCUUGAUAACCCUCCCUACAUAAUCAAUGAUUCUGGAACUCAAAAACCAAUCAAUACCAGAACAAUACCAGCAACAUCUUCACACUAUGGUAAUAUUACUGAGUAUGAUGCUCAUAAUCUGUAUGGACUCUUACAAAGCAAAGCAACUUACAAGGCUUUAAAGGAUAUAACUGGUAAAAGGCCAUUCAUUCUCAGUAGAUCAACUUUUGUAAGCUCUGGUAGGUAUGCAGCUCACUGGACAGGAGAUAACGCCGCGACUUGGAACGAUUUGGCAUACUCAAUCCCUUCUAUAUUAAAUUUUGGAAUAUUCGGAAUUCCAAUGGUUGGAGCAGAUAUAUGUGGUUUUGGACCAAACACAACCGAAGAACUUUGCAGGCGUUGGAUCCAAUUAGGAGCAUUUUACCCCUUUGCAAGAGAUCAUUCAGAUAAAUCUUCAACCAGGCAAGAGCUUUAUCUUUGGGAUUCAGUUGCUUCAUCAGCAAGGAAAGUGCUCGGCCUGCGCUAUCGCCUCCUCCCUUACCUUUACACACUAAUGUAUGAAUCACACACAAAAGGGACACCAAUUGCAAGACCCCUUUUCUUUUCAUUCCCUGAGGAUGUCACCACAUAUGACAUAAAUUCACAGUUUCUACUUGGCAAAGGGGUUUUAGUCUCACCUGUGCUUGAAUCUGGAGCUGUAACUGUCAAUGCAUACUUCCCUGCAGGAAACUGGUUUGAUCUCUUCAACGUGUCGAAUUCAGUGAGUGCUGAAUCAGGAAAGUAUGUUACUCUUGAUGCUCCAUCUGAUCACAUUAAUGUGCAUGUUGGUGAAGGUAACAUUUUGGUCAUGCAAGGAGAGGCAAUGACAACUGAAGCCGCCCGGAAGACUGCGUUUCAUCUUGUGGUGGUUGUUAGCCGCAGCCAAACUAGCUAUGGACAAGUUUAUUUGGAUGAUGGAGAAACACUUGAAAUAUCAGGAGAGAAUGAAGAGUGGACAUUGGUCAGAUUUUAUGCUGUUUUACAUAACAAUGGUGUUUUUAUUACAUCUGAUAUAGUCAAUGCAAGAUUUGCUCUGGACCAAAGGUUGAUCAUUGAAAAGAUCACAUUCUUGGGGAUACCAAAGAACAAGAGAUUAAGUAAAUUGAAUUUGGCAAGUAAUGAAUUGAAUAUUGAGAAUGGAAUUGUGCAGACACAUGCUGAUAACUUUUCACAGUUUAUUAGUAUAGAAGUUUCAGCAUUGGCACAACUUAUUGGAGAGAAAUUUGAGCUAGAAAUUGAAAUGACUAUGGUUUAG